AUGGUGCUGUCGACAACUGAGAGAUACUAUCUGCUCGAAUGUUUAUCUGGGUCUAAGGUGAUACGCGCUGACGCCAGACGUGUGGACCAGUUCAGACCUGUGGAAGCUACCUGUUCUUUCCUUCCCAACUCUAACGGCUCUUCAAGAGUCAGGCUUCCAGACGGUUCGGAGUGUAUAGCUAGUGUCAAGGCCAAGGUUGUGAAGGUUGAAUCGAGUGAAGUUACUGACUUGUUGAACGUGGAGGUGGAUAUCAACGGACAGAGAGACGACGCCGAGGCCGUGGUGAGCUUCUCAUCUAUUCUGAAAGAGUCUCUGGCACAGUGUAUUCCGGAGAGCUUACUGAAACUUACAGAAAAGUACGCUUUUGAACUGAGCAUAGAUGCUAUUGUGAUAUCUUAUCCUAGUGGGAUUUCGUCGUUUUACUCGAUUUUGACGUUGGUGUCUAUGGCCGUCUACCUCGCACUAAAGUCCACAUCCCUACCGCUUCUGACCUCCACCACGGAAGACGCUGAGGUUGAAGAAGAGCCCACUUUUUCCGACGACUGGGACCUUGCGAAGCUUCUGUUCCCCAAGGACCGCCUGCUUGCACCGCCUUUACUGUUUGUGCUGGCCAUGGUCGGCCCGAACUUGCUACUGGACCCUUCAGUCGAAGAGCUAGAGGUGGCUGAAAAUGGAUUAUUUGUGGGAUUUGCCUCCAACAAAGCUGGAGCACCUAUACGAUCUAUCUCGCUGAAUUCAACAAACAACAAAGGCUUGUCGACAAAUCACAUCUUGGACGCAGUCUCCACAGUCGACUCUGUGGGAGGCUCGGUCCUGAAGGCUCUCAACAGUAUAGUUGAAAACUCAACAUCUGAAUUCUGA